CAAAAUUGCCGUGAUACAGAGGUGACGCGGGCGGCGGGCAUUUUGUACAGCGGUGGACGAGGUCUGAGGAAAAAUGGGAAAGUGCAAAUUCCAACUGAAGUGGCUGGAAAACGAAAAUUUCAAGACAUGGUUGCAGCCUGUUAGUGGUAAAAAUGAUGAAGGAUUUUGCGGUGUUUGCAGAAAAGCAUUUAAGUUGGGGACAAUGGGAAUCGGCGCCGUAAAAUCCCAUAUGCAGGGUGACGGCCACAAAUCCGCGGUAAGAGCAAAACAGCAAACUACUAUGUCUAGUUACUUUGGCGUGACCGACAAAUCUACAAGUAAUAACGUUACGACGACAACUGAUGCUGUCACCACCGUUUGUGGAGCAGCUAACAUUACCACAGCAAAAUCGAGCGACAUUCGAUCAACGUUUGGCUCGAAUGCGACUUUGCAGGCGGAGGUGCUCUGGUGUCUGAACACAGCUGUCCAUCACCACUCUUACGCGUCCAAUGAAGGUGUUUCUGAGUUGUUUCAGGCAAUGUUUCCUGAUUCUGAAAUAGUCAAAUCUUUCUCUUGUGGCAAGGACAAAACCAGCUACAUUUUAAAAUUUGGACUUGCCCCAUACUUCAAAAAUCAACUGAUUACUGCAGUUAACAAUGCAGGACCAUUUGUCUUGAUGUUUGAUGAGAGUUUAAACCACUCAACAAAAAAUAAACAACUAGAUGUUCAUGUUCGAUUUUGGGAGGCUGGUUGUGUCCAGUCCCGUUAUCUGGGAUCACAGUUCAUGGGACAUUCAAAGAGUGAGGAUCUACUGCACCAUUUCAAAAAAUGUGUGCACCUACUAGACCUGAAACAUCUAAUUUCAAUUAGUAUGGAUGGCCCUAACGUGAACUUUAAGUUCCUCAAUAAUCUCCAGCAAGAACAUGGUGAACUACAUGGAGGUCGGCAGCUAAUUUUGGUUGGGAGCUGUGGACUGCACACGGUACACAAUUCAUUCAAGACUGGCUUAGGUCACUUGUAUCUUGGUCAUCACAUCCAGUGGGGAAUGCCUCCACUACUUAAGCCAGCAUGCAAUGUCCACACUGCCCCACUUUCCUUUCAAGUUAAUACUGCCCUGACUCCUAUUCAGAAGCAAAGAACAAGAGGGAAGAGGGCACUUCAGUAUGCUGUGUCCAUUUAUGACUCCGAUACCUUCCCAGUCACCCCUGUGUCUACUGAAAUCGCUCAUGCUUCCCCUCAAACAGUCAAGUCAACUGAUGUCAUCCUACCCAGACAUACAACUUCCCCAGAGAAAAUUAAGAGCGCUGCUGAUAUCUCAAUUCCAGUCAAGUCCACUCCAGUCACUCCAGAGCCAGUCAAUCCUGCUCCAGUCAUUCUUGCCCCAGUUAAAUCCGUUCCUGUCGUUCCAAAGCCAGUCAACCCUGCUCCUUACUUUCCCAAUGUGGCCAAGUUGGCCGCUGUCCAGUCAGUUCUUGUAAUUCUAAAUUCUGUCAUCCCUGAAACAGUCACCUUCACUACCAUUAUCCAGGAGCAAAAUCUGUUUCUGCCUGCCAUGUCCAGGUCCACAGAGGUGCUUCCUAGGCUGGUAGCUUCUCCUGUUGUGGCCACGGAGGCUGAGGCGUUCAUUUUGCCUGUUCCAGCCAGGCAGGCCAUUUCCAAGCUGCUUGCUUCCCUAAUAGCCUUUACAGAUGCUUUUCCUGCAAGUCCUGUGAAGUCAACAGAUGAUCCUGUUAAUCAAGUCAUGUCCACAAAAUAA